AUGAAAGAUAGCCAUGUAGACGAGUUUAUCGCGUUGACGAAAUGUACAAGACAGAUGGCGCGCGAGUUUCUCGAAAAAAACAAUUACGAGUUGGAUUACGCACUAAAUGACUUUUAUGAUACAUGUCAGAAUGGGUUUGUUGUCGAUAUGAGGCCAAUGGCUCCGGAAUUGAUAGCUCUGUUCGAAAAAUACCGGUCUAGCGAGAUUGACAGUAGCAUUUCCACCGACGGACUUGUUCAGUUGAUAGAAGAUUUAGGAUUAGAACUAGAGGACCCAGUGACUCUGUGUUUGGCCCAUACCUUGCAAGUCAAGAGCCUGCAUGACCCGAUCUCAAGAAAUCAGUUUCUCGAUGGCUUGCACUCGGCCUUCUGCGCCAGUCUCGAAGACGUGAAAUCCAUGCUUAUCGAAAAAGAGAGCAAACUGCGCAACGACGCAGACUACCUGGAGACGAUAUACAACUACACCUAUGGUUUGAUACUCGAGCCAGACCACAAGACGCUUCACCUGAAGGCCGCACAGGAGUACUGGAAUCUCUAUUUCGACCCCCCAACAAACACAAAAUUCGCUAUACAACCUUCAAAGCCGUUUUUCAAGCAGUGGAAGGCAUUUUUGGAAUCUCAGGGUACCACUACAAUCAGCCGUGACGUGUGGCAGAUGUUUUUCAAAUUUAUCAAACAGUAUCCAACCUUGCAAGCUCUGAAACAAGACUACAACGAAAUGGACGCUUGGCCGCUUCUUAUAGAUGAGUUCUACGAAUACCUAGAAGAGAAUGGAGCUCUUUAG